AAUCACAUGGGUCCGACAUGGGCUCCAUAGGGGAGGCACUCCCGCGCAGAGGGUGGCGGUAAAAGCGCCGACGGUUGCCCGGCGGGUAGUCGCCUCUGACAACGGUCAGCGAGUGUGCCGCCUCCCACCGGGCCGGAGGCGGUAUCGACUCCCCGGACAUGUGGGCCGGCCGCCGCCCCUCCAGUCGCGUCAGAGCUCCCAGCUGCCGGGCGACGGCAGUGACAGGCAGCUAGUGGCCAACGACAGACCCACCAAUCGACCGACCGACCCGCCGACCGACCCGCCAACCGACCGACCGCCCCGCCGAUCGACCGAGUGUCACGCACGUUGUCUCCGAGGCAGCCCCCUCUGCCCCCACCUGGCCGCUCGCCUCUCCGGGUCCGCCGGGGGGAAGAACCGGGACCGCCACGCCGCGCCGCGGCUAAUCGAGCUAACGUCGGCUAACCAGCUGCGGCAGCGCGGUGCUGAAGACAAAAAAAAAUGGCCACUGUUCCGAUUCCUGCCGGCACCAGUGCGCUCUUGCUGGACAUCGAAGGCACCACCACGCCGAUCACGUUCGUAAAGGAUAUCUUGUUCCCGUACAUCCGGGAGCAUCUGGAGGAUCACCUGUCCACUCACUGGGAGGAAGACGAGUGCAAACAAGACGUCCAUCUCCUAAAGAAACAGAUCGAAGAGGACAUGAAACAGAACCGGGCGUGUGCGGUGCACGCCGUGGACCAGACGGUUCACACAGACGAGGAGAAGGCCAUUCGAGAGGUGGUGGACAACGUGCUGUGGCAGAUGGCUGCAGACAGGAAGUCGACGGCACUCAAACAGCUCCAAGGUCACAUGUGGAGGGCGGCGUAUGCCUCGGGGAGAAUCAAAGGCGAGAUCUAUCAGGAUGUAACUCCAUCCAUCAGAAGAUGGCGAGGGCAGGGCCUGAAAAUCUACAUCUACUCCUCUGGUAGCGUGGAAGCGCAGAAGCUCCUGUUCGGAUACUCUGUCGAAGGAGACGUUUUAGACUUAUUCGAUGGUCACUUCGACACCAGUAUAGGAGCUAAAGUCGACGGGAAAAGCUAUGAGAAGAUUGCAGAGAGAAUUGGCUGUCGACCUGAGGAAAUCACAUUCUUGACGGACGUCACUCGAGAGGCUAAAGCGGCCGAGGAGGCCGGCGUCAACGUGUUGGUGGUGGUCCGGCCGGGAAACAUGGAGCUGACCGACGAGGAGCGAGCCCACUACAACCUCGUCACAUCCUUCAACCAACUGGAGUCGAUGGGACGAGCUUGACGCAGAGCGCGGAGGAAGAUGAGGAGAACCUCUGACUUCAUGUCUUAAUGACCUUUUCACCUUUGACCGACCCCACCCCUCCCAUCGAACCACCUUUUUUGCAACUCAGUUUUUUUCUCUUCCUGGUCUACGUUGACGGUUCCAGAGGUGAAGGAGAGGCUGCUGCGGCUCCAGUCAGCCACCAGCAGGGCUAAUGACGUCCAUCUUUCCAGUUCUUUCAGGACUCUUUUCUCAUCUGCAGAAACGUAUACGGUGCAUAACAGAAGCUGAAAUGGAACAUUUGCCCUCAUUGGACCUUUUUCUUUGACUGGGAAUACGAAGCUGUAGAUAGAAUACGUAAGGUCACCCUACCUUUUUACCUGAACCUCAUCAGUGUUAAUGAAAUCUUUCGUAAUGUGCGUGUGUGCGCAGGUUGUAUUUUGUCAGUUUUUGUCCAAAUCUCUCACUUGUUUCCUACCUCCACAUGUACACGUGUUGCACAUGUAUGAAGUUAUAUCCAGUGAUCAAACUGUAAUGUUUUUAGAAAGUAGAAACCACAGUGUAGAGGUGCUGCCGAGAGAAGGUUCUCAUUUCAAACGGUGUCUGAAGGUCUCCGAUUAACCCGCUCGCAGAUGAACGGUGUCUAUUUAAAUGUGCCAUCCUCGUAGUUCAUUUGUAACGUGGGUUUUCUGCAAAGUUGCCUAAAAAAUAGUUAGAUCCGUUUCCAUUUACGUGUCAAACAUCAUUGGUAUUGUUCGGGGAAAUUACUUCCAAUAAAAAAAAAUGCUGUCUCACACAGAG